AUGCUGUUGCACUCUCUGCACGCGAUCAUGAACUGCUUCAACGGACGCUCGAGGUUUGCGCACACUGAGGCCGUGUCGAGGCACCUUACCCUGCGCAACGUGAACGAAGAGUACAGGGACAGCGGCGGGAGAUGCUGGACUGAAGCCUCCCCCGCAGAGCUAAGCGGGAGCGCUGACCAAUCGUACAUACCCUCGCUCGUGAAGUUUGAUAACAUCGUGGGUCAUGUGUCCUCAGAAGACUCGUGGUUGUGGGAGGUGAAAGAAUUUGGGAGCCCUAGGGAGAUGUUCGAGCGGUGUGCAGAAAUGGUCGGCGAGUGCGUUCAGGAGGGUUCGCUAUGGACUAUCCCUAACGGUAGGCUCUACAUGAGGUCUGAGGCUGGAACAUGGUCAUCUGAACUCGGAACUCUCGCAGAGGACGCCAACCGGCUUAUGGAGACUCUAAGAGGUUUGGAGUUUGUUCCUCUUUCGUGUGCGUCUGUUCACGCUGCGAUGGAGGCUAGCACUGACGCGAAGUGUGUGUACCUGGCAUCGAAGUACAUGGCGUUUCCGAGAGACUCCACACCAUCAACAGGCCUAUACGGCACUCUUCAUAACAACCAGCUUAUAGACAUGUCGCCACUCGAGGAAGAUAAAGAGCCAGACAUGGCUGCCAGAAGCUUCGGUGACACCUAA